GUUGUUGCAGUGGCAGUGAAAAUUGAGAAAAUGGAGAACAGGGGAAUUUCAUCAUCAUCAACGAUUGAAGGUUUUACGAAUGAGUACGAGGAUCUGUUGCCGGUGAUGGCAGAGAAGCUGGAUGUGGAGAGUUUUAUGUCGGAGCUGUGCCGAGGAUUUCAAGUUCUGGCAGAGCCUGGAAGAGGGGUGAUAACACCGGAGAGCCUGAGGAAGAACUCGUCACUUCUGGGGAUGGAAGGGAUGGAGAAAGAGGAGUCGGAAGCGAUGGUGAAAGAAGGAGAUCUGGACGGUGAUGGAGCAAUUAAUGAGAUGGAGUUCUACAUCUUAAUGGUCAGGCUCAGCCCUGGGAUGAUGCAGGACGCCGAAGCCUUGCUUGAAAAGGCCCUCCAUUGGGAGCUGCGAGACUCUGUUUAGUUAGUUUUU